AUUGACGGUCUGCGCGCUUCUGUUUCGCGUGUGUCGAGUCGGUUGAUCGGUUAACGGAGUGAGGAGGAGUCUCCAUCCUUCCCCCCGCUCGCGCUCUUCCGCGUCUCUACCGUGACUGUCCCUCGCCGUUAACGGGGCUGCACCGGGGGUCCCGCGGCUCUGAUGGCGGCGGCGGCGGCGGCGCCCGAGCAGGAGGAUGUGGACCGGCGGCCCAUCAGAAGAGCCCGAUCCAAGAGCGACACACCGUACCUGACCGAAACCAGGCUGUCCUACACACUACAGACAGCAGAGGGUGCCGAGCAUCUGGCGGCGAUGCGCUCUGAUUCGCUGGUUCCCGGGACGCACACGCCACCGAUCCGCAGACGCAGCAAACUGGCCAGUCUGGGACGACUCUUCAAACCCUGGAAAUGGAGAAAGAAAAAGAGCGACAAGUUCAAGCAGACGUCUGCAGUGCUGGAGAGGAAGAUGUCGACGCGUCAGAGCAGAGAAGAGCUCAUCAAGAGAGGCGUGCUGAAGGAAGUGUACGAGAAAGUAGAGGAGGUCAGCGUUGACGUGUGUGUGAGUGACCUGGACAGACAGACGAGAAUCAGUCCAGUAUCAGAGUCUGCAGACGCCAGUGUCACAGUGACAGUGUCUGGUGAAACUGUGGCGUGUCUCUCGGAUCUCAUCCCAAAGCCAUCUCAAGCCUCUGUGAAGCCCGUGCCGUUGCCUAGCGACAGCGCUAACAUCACUCACGUGAGGCCGUCGUCGCUGAAACAGCCUCCUGCCUUACCGCCGAAGCCAUACAGCAGGAUACCCAACCAUCUCACAGAGAUGCUGGCUCGACUGUCGCCGCCCCUUCCUCCAAAGAAAGUGAUGAUAUGUGAGCCGGCGCCCUCGUUUCCCCUCAAAUGCCUACCGUCCCAGGGCUCGCACGCACACACACACACACUCACACACAUGCACCCGCAGCAGUACGCCACGUUGCCACUGUCACUGCACCCGCCCAGCCGCAUCAUAGAGGAGCUCAAUAAAACCCUGGCGUUCACCAUGCAGAGACUCGAGAGCUCUGUACUGCAGGCGGUGCCAUCUGUCCUGAUGGAGAUGGAAGAGGAGAAGGAGAACAGAGAUUCAAUGCACCAAACUCCUGCCAACACACACACACUCAUCACACACACCUUCAACAUGCACGAGGAAGAGGACGAGGAAGAGGAGGAUGACGACGACUCUCUGUUUACAAGUACACUCGCUUUAAGAAUCUUACGGAAAGAUUCGCUGGCGAUCAAACUGAGCAAUCGCCCGUCGAAGAGAGAACUGGAAGAUAAAAACAUCCUACCCAUGAUGACCGACCAGGAGCGGCUGGAGUCCAGACAGCAGAUCGGCACCAAACUCACCCGUCGUCUGAGCCAGAGGCCAUCAGCAGAAGAGCUGGAGCAGAGGAACAUCCUCAAACCGCGGAACGAGCAGGAGGAGCUGGAGGAGAAGCGCGAGCUGAAGAAACGGCUCUCCAGGAAGUUGAGUCAGAGGCCCACCGUGGAGGAGCUCAGAGAGGCCAAGAUUCUCAUCCGCUUCAGCGAUUACGUGGAGGUGGCAGAAGCUCAGGACUACGACCGGCGCGCAGACAAACCCUGGACCAGACUCACUGCUGCGGAUAAGGCUGCCAUACGCAAAGAACUCAACGAGUUCAAAAGCACAGAGAUGGAGGUGCACGAGUCCAGUCGACAUCUAACCAGGUUUCAUCGGCCGUAGUGCGGCUACAGUCCAUCAGUGAACUCUGUCUCUCGUUUGGAGCCGUUCUUCUUUAAUGGACACUGAACAGACUCUCUGCUGCUCGUUUUGAUCAGGAAUCGCACGCAGGAACGCUGGACUCUCGACAGCCCAGUGGACACGGACGAGCUGACGAUCUGUCUGUGUACGGAUAUUUCUGUAUAUUUUGACAAAAACUGAGAUAUUACGUGCUCUUCGCCAUGAAUUUCUCUUUUUGUUUUUUUUUUCCCAGGCGAUGGUUUUUAAUGCAGCAGACGAUGUAGUUGAUUUUCUACUUGUAACUGAGAAACUAUUCCAGUCCUUUUUAGUUUUCAAAAAUGGAAAAGACUUUUCCAAUGAGUGCAAACCACAUUAUUACACACUAAAUAUAACCGUCUUUAAAGGAACAGUUUGUCCAAAAAUGAACAUUUGCUGAACAUUUCC